CCUUUUCUCGCGUGUAAAACGGUGUGUGGUGCGGGACGCGGAAAGAGGGCUAGCCGGAACAACCUGCAAGCUGGUGGAGAUGGCCGGCGCGUCUUUCGUCCGAGGGGACCGUCCGACAAGGGCCAGGGGGGAGGAUUCGAUGUUCGGGGAGAAAAAAGGGAAAAAAAGUGCAGAUGCGGGCGGGGGAAGGCGUGGAAAGAUUUCUACAGUACGAGUACUUGUAAGAGUACUAGUACACAUUUUGCUGUGCUUGCUUGCUUUAUUUAUUCAUUUUCAAUUUAUUGCCCUAACAAUUUAUGCUUAUAUAUAUAUAUAUGUGCAUAUUUUCGUUUUGGAAUGGGUGCUGUAAAGUGGAGAUCCUCCGUUAUUGCCUUUAUGGAUCGGUGCAACGAGCACGAUAGUGAUGCAGAGUCCUGACAACCUUUUUGUUUCCAUUUCCCAAUCGAUUCCACUCUUUUUCCGUUUCGAGAAGGCCCUGUGCUACCGUAACAUAGGUUCCAUAGCAGAACAGGGAUGAUUUUUCUUGACUAUUUUUCUUUUUUGUUUCUUAGGCGGAGGAAAGGGGAGAAUUAUUUCACAGCUACCGUAGUUCUCAAGGUCCAACCAAACAAACACUUGAUCAGAUGAGAUUGCAUAAUACGGUAGGGGAUGGUGGUGGGGUAGGGAGAGUUUUGGCCAAGAGGGUUAAUAGGGUGAAAACUUAUCAGUAUGAUAAGUUAUGUAUUAUAGUACAGUGCGAAUGCCGUACCCUACUCGUAUCAUAUCUCCCAGGCAGCUGGUUUGGCCCCCAACCAGGCUUCUAGUUUAGGCAAUGAAUGAUAUACUAGUAUGCUUGGUUCGUAGAACACGAGAACCUUAGUCAAAUUUGACCCACCUGCCUAGACCCAUGCACUCAAGCCCCCCAGCUCUCUUUCCCUCUCUCUUUCUUUCCCUUUCCCGCGUUUGUGGGAAUAAUAAAUAUCAAGCCCCGCAUGCCUUGCUCCUACAUUUCUGCCCUCUCUCUACCAUCACAGUAUUUCCUUCUCAAUUCUCCCGCAACGCCUUGUUUGCUCUUCCUCUCUAUCGGAUUGUCACUUGGGAGAAGUGUCCUGCGCAAACACUAGAUUUGUACUCAUUACUCGUCCCAUGGGCAAGUCUGACUUGAGCCCUCCUCAAACGGCCUUGAAAAAGAACCAUUCAACUGCCACUAUGGCUACUACUACCGAUUCCUCAACACUUGCUCCUAGUGUGAACAACGACGUGGGGGGUACGGGGGAGAAGGGCUUUCUGGAUAAUUCUCGACCAGUUUCACCAAACCUGGACUCCGAGAAGCGACCCAUUACACCAACCACGCACGGUGAAGGAGUCGUGAGCUCGGAUGCCGGGUCGGAGGGCGGAAGUGAGGGGAGUGAGGAUGAGACUCAGUAUCCGGGUCCUUUUGCGCUUACGUUGAUUACGAUUGCUUUGUCCUUGGCCGUGUUCUUGGUUGCUCUGGAUCAAACCAUUAUUGCAACUGCUAUCCCUAAAAUUACUGACCAGUUUGGGGCUUUAAAUGAUGUCGGUUGGUAUGGGUCUGCGUAUAUGUUGACGAUCUGUUCUUUCCAAUUGGUUUACGGAAAAAUUUAUACAUUCUUCAGUUUGAAAUGGGUAUUCUUGGCUGCUAUCGGAAUAUUUGAACUCGGAUCCUUGGUUUGUGGUGUUGCGCCUACUUCGAAGGCUCUCAUUGUCGGACGUGCAAUUGCUGGUUUGGGAUGCGCGGGUAUCUUUUCUGGUGCUUUGAUCAUUCUUGCCCAUUCGGUACCGCUACGGAAGCGACCGAUGUAUACUGGUUUCAUUGGAGCCAUGUAUGGUAUUGCGAGUGUUGCUGGCCCAUUGAUGGGUGGAGCUUUUACUGAUCACGCUACAUGGAGAUGGUGUUUCUACAUCAAUCUCCCCAUCGGUGCUAUCACAGUCGCUGUGAUGAUUCUUUACUUCACUCCCCCAAAGCGCGCUAAAGCCGACAAAUUGACUCUUACCGAGAAGCUCAAGCAAGUUGAUUUUGUUGGAACCGGCCUUCUCCUUCCUGGUGUCGUUUCCCUAUUGUUGGCUCUGCAAUGGGGUGGCACUACUUAUAAGUGGGGAUCCGGGCGUAUUAUCGGCCUUUUGGUCACCGCCUUUGUUCUUCUAACUGGGUUCGUCGCUACACAAUUCUGGCGUCAGGAGAAGGCCACUAUUCCUCCUCGUAUCGUCAAGCAGCGUAGUAUUGCGUUCUCUUCCAUGCUCGCCUUCUCCGUCGGAUCCGCCUUCAUGUUGCUCGUCUUCUAUAUUCCAAUCUGGCUCCAGGCUAUUAAGAGCGUCUCCGCUACCAAGUCUGGAAUCAUGAAUCUUCCUUUGAUCUUGGGAGUUGUUGUCCUCUCCAUCCUCGCCGGUAUUCUCAUCACUAUCUGUGGCUAUUACACACCUUUUAUGAUUGUCGGUGCCUCCAUCUGCGCAAUUGGUGCGGGUCUUCUUACAACCUUUGAAGUCGACACUGGUCAUGCCAAAUGGAUCGGAUACCAAUUCAUUUGUGGAGCGGGUAUUGGUCUUUGCAUGCAACAACCUAUGAUUGCAGCUCAGACAGUUCUCAAGCUAGAGGACGUGCCAACUGGAACUGCCGUCAUAGUCUUCUUCCAAACCCUUGGAGGAGCUCUCUUCAUCUCGGUCGGCCAGAACGUCUUCUCUAAUAAGCUUGUCGCAGGGCUUGCUGAGAGUCUCCCUAAUAUCGACCCAGUUGCUAUCCUCAACACUGGUGCUACCAGUCUCAAGUCUACCUUCCCGGCGGACAUGCAUCCCGCCAUUCUCAAGGCCUACAACCACGCCCUCGUCGAGUGCUUCUAUCCCGCCGUGGCGAUGGCUGUCGUCGGCGUGAUCGCCAGUCUCGGCGUUGAAUGGGCAUCCGUCAAGGGGAAGAAGGUUGAAGCAGUCGCUGGAGUGUGAAUGCAUUUAUUUUUCAUUUACAUGAAAAGCUCUCUUGCAUUGUUUUUAGACACGGUUUUUAUGGAUCGAUCAUGGACUGGGAAUGGCGUUUUUGCUUGUUUUUCUGUUAAAAAUUUUACUAACUCACCAUACCAACUUAAUGUUUUUUUGGUUUUUUUUGGAAGAUACACGUGAUCAUGUUGGCUUUCACUCCCACAAGUAAAGAGUUGUUCAUGGCUUGUAAUUCUUUCCCUUUUUUACAAUUUCUCCCUACAUCCUUCUAAGACAUCUCUACUCCCUUCACGUCAUACUUUAUCAGCUAGGUUUUAUGUAGGUAUGAUACCUCAUAGUUUAAUUGAAUGGAGAGAUAAAUCAUCGA